GGGGCGUGUCCUCGGCGCCGGAAGCGGGGCCGCAGCUCCGCAGGGUGUGUGUGCGUGCGCCGAGCGGCCGCCGCGCUCCAGUCGCCUCGCCCGUCGGGAUCCAGGCUGCGGUGCGCGCCGCCCCCCCGCCAGGAUAGCCAUGGAUAAGAGUGAGUUGGUACAGAAAGCCAAACUGGCCGAGCAGGCCGAGCGUUACGAUGACAUGGCUGCUGCUAUGAAGGCUGUCACUGAGCAAGGACAUGAACUGUCCAAUGAAGAAAGGAAUCUCCUCUCAGUUGCCUACAAGAACGUGGUCGGUGCCCGCCGCUCCUCUUGGCGUGUGAUUUCCAGCAUUGAACAGAAAACAGAGAGGAAUGAGAAAAAACAGCAGAUGGGAAGAGAAUAUCGUGAGAAAAUUGAGGCUGAAUUGCAAGAUAUCUGCAAUGAUGUUCUGGAACUCCUGGAUAAAUACCUGAUUGUCAAUGCCACGCAGCCGGAAAGCAAGGUCUUCUAUUUGAAAAUGAAAGGCGAUUACUACAGAUACCUGUCAGAAGUGGCAUCUGGGGACAAUAAGCAAACAACGGUAGCAAACUCUCAGCAAGCUUACCAGGAGGCAUUUGAAAUUAGCAAGAAAGAGAUGCAGCCAACGCACCCCAUUCGACUUGGGUUGGCUCUCAAUUUCUCUGUCUUCUAUUAUGAGAUACUCAAUUCUCCUGAAAAAGCCUGUAAUCUGGCCAAGACGGCAUUUGAUGAAGCAAUAGCAGAGCUGGACACGCUGAAUGAAGAGUCUUACAAAGACAGCACUCUCAUCAUGCAGCUGCUUAGAGACAACCUCACUCUAUGGACGUCGGAAAACCAGGGAGAUGAAGGUGAUGCUGGGGAGGGAGAGAACUAAUGGCUGUCACGCUUCACUAUAUGUUCAAUGUCACCCUGUAUCCUACACAUAUAUCCCUUUGUGCGACAAGCAAAAAGAAUAGUACAUCGACUUUCACAACCUCAACGUAGCAAAAACUGUCUGUGGGGUAAAAACGGUUGGUUGGUGUUCUGUGUACUUAAAAUGGAGGUCGGUUAUUAUAAUGGCAUUCCGAAUUUUCCUAUUAUGAACAUUUACAGUUAUGAUUACCGUGUUUAUAUUUUUAACUGAACACUGUGAUUAUGGGUUUUGUGAUUGCAAUUGACUUUACAAAACUCUUAUUGGUAGAAAAAUAGACAUCAAUUAUGUAACAGCGGAAAGUAAAAUUUGGCACCGAAAUAGUCGAAGUACAAUUCUGUUGUAAAGUUGUACAGAAAGUUAUAAAGAUUCUAUUGUGACACUGGGGCAUGGAAGGAAAACAAUCCGAUGUAUGGCAUUCCAGUUAGUAACACACUGCUAUGAGUUAGUUUAACAGGCACACUCUGUAGACAUUUUUAACCAAGUCUGAGGCACCGCUUUCAGUCAAAAGCUCACUUUGUCAAUCCUAUCUUUCUGAGGACCGGGUUUGUUUUGAGGAGGAGGGUAAUGGGGGAGCUAGCAGCUUGAUUUCCAAACUCUUUACACUGGCAAAUAACUGGGAUUUGACUUCUAAAAGUGGUUUUGUGCUCAUACAACAUGCAUGACUAGGCCCCUUCCCACAGCAAUAACUUAAUUAUAUCUUCGAUAUUCUUCAGUAGUGAGAAUUCUUGGUUCACUAUCAUGGACUUGCAAUAGCAGAAGAUUCAAUUUUUUGAAUGGCCUUAUUAGUUUGGAUGAUACCAUGAAGUGAUCUGCCACUUUUGCAUUACUAUACUCUUGGGUGAAUAAAAACUCCAUGGUAUUCCCAUUUUGAAUUUAUCUCAGAAGCCUUUUAAUUACUCCACCGAGCCUUCUUUAAGUUUGCUUUAUAGAAGACUUUCUCCCAUCCUGCUCUGUUCAUCCUUGACCCUUUUACCUGUUGAAACUCCAUGGAAGCGAUUUUAGACUCCCACACACAGAUCAUCCUUUCUUUGAUUGUGGCUGAUAUCAGUAUGGCAGGUGAGAGCUGAGGCUGCCAGAGGACAGGUUUCUGUCUCAGAUGCUUGAGAGCUGUCAGUGCUGUUGCAGUCUUCAGCUCAUCUGCCUUUUUUUUUUUUUAUAAUUCCAAGAUCUGGCUCAAAUAUUCAGGAUUUCCCACGUAUUGUACUGGAAUGCAGACCUUACCCAUCUGUAACACUUGUAAUAUUUGAGCUCCCCAUGUCCUCACCUAUUAUGUUUCAAACAUGUCCCAUUGAAGAAAACCUAAUAAGAGUUGUGUGAAUAAUGCAGUGGAAAAGAUGAGGAUCGGUCACCUCUCAGCCUCGCGGUAUCAUCCCCUGCCUUCACAUUCCACUUAGGUAUAGGCUCCAUCUGUUUGUCUGUCCAUCUGUCUGCUGAAGAGAGAAUUUCAUGCACUGAUUUUAAAACUCCCCUCUACUAGCUGAACAAAUUGUGCAGUUAAUACUUGGCGCUUGAUAAAUGCAGUAGUGAAUGUGGAACCGAGCCUGUCUGUAUAUCUGGUAGCUCUUUUCGCUUUGUUUUUACUGACCAGUAUUCUGCCUAAAGUUUGCUUCUGUGACGGUUAUAUUGCCUAGCACACAUGUGGUUGUGAGAAUAGUAUAGCAAAAAGAAAAACCUGGUUAUUGAUGUACUAGAUUUGUGUAUGUCUUUUAAACAGUUCUAGUUUCACCUUACACAAAAUAAUCAGGAAAGUGUAAAAGAAUUCAAAAGUGAAUAAUAAAAAAAUUUUAUCAGUUG